CCCCUCCCCUCGGCAGAGCCCCACGCCUUCCUCGCGCUGCGGGACACCGCGCGCCCCAGCACCACGCCGCGCCGGACCCCCCUGCACCCCACGGCUUUCUCAGGGUGCCUGAACUGCAGCCGCGUCGGGGAGCUGACGGCACGCCUGGCCACCCUGGAGGCGCAGGUGGCCCGGCUGUCGGUGGCCGAAGCCCCCCCGUCCCCAGCACCCAAAGGUGCCAGCAGGGGUCCGGACACCGGGCAGCUCUGGGGGUCCCCAGCUGCCCAGGGGAGCCCCGGGGAUGAAGGGGUCCCCUGGGGUGCGAGCCGCAGCGGGGAGCCACCGUGGGGUGCGACAGCAGACCCGGCUCACGGGGUCCCCCCGGCCCCAAGGGAGACACAGGAGGACGGGGACCCUCGGGCGUUCCCGGGGUGAAGGGUCCCUCGGGGCCCCCAGGUAAGGGGGAC